AUGGUCGGCACAAAACGUAGACGGGAUGAAGACGACGUUGAGGAGGGAACGCCACGCAAGCUACGCGCACAUCUCGCCGAGGACAGCGUAGACGACCACGAUACGAGCGAUGCGCAAACGCCGUCGAGAAGGGGCAGGGCCCAGCAUCUCGCCGUGAAUGGGACUCCGAAAUCUAUACUGAAGAAGUCGUCGAUGCUCAACAUCGCCAAUGGCGCAACACCAAGGUCGAACCGAAAGCUGGUCUUCGAAACGCCUACCAAAACGCCCAAAGACGACACCCCUACCGGCACGCCGACGAUCGUGCGCAACGCAGACCGCAGUGCGCGGCGGAAGAGCAACAAACGGCUAUUUGAGCGCACUCUGAAUGGCGUAGAGAGUGAUGAAGAGGCGUUGGAAGAGGCAGAUGAAUUGGCCGAACAGAUCUUGGGCGAUGAAGACGAGCAUGCCGAGGCAGGUGCUGAGGAAGCGCAAGAGGCACAAGAGGCGCCCAUACCAGAGACCCCCUCAAAGCGAGGUAGAGGCCGACCGAAAGGAUCAGGCAAAGUUGGGCGACCACGAAAGCAACGUUCCCCCUCGCCACCGACUGAACUUCCUCCGCACGAAGAGUACUUCUGGCAGAACCGCCCCGGUGGCACCAAGACGUCCAACAACACCUUGUCUGCGCAAACGUUGCUCAAUCAUGAUGAAUUCUUCCAAGCGAUGCAGUCGUACCAAGACCAACACCAGUCGGAAAUGGAUUUCCUGUUGGACUUGCACGGCCGGGCAUACGAUCAGUGGAUCUUCGAGUUGGAGGAGGGUUUCAACAUCUGCCUGUACGGCUAUGGCUCGAAACGGAUCAUCACGGAGAAGUUCACACACCGUCUGUACUCCCAUUUGUUGGAGCAGGAGGCGUACAAGGGCACGAAGAACAAGCCGAAGAUUGCCGUCAUCAAUGGAUACUCUGCCGGCAUCACCCUCAAAGACGUGUUCACGACCAUAGCAUCGACCAUUAUGCCAGCAAACCUCAAAUUGCCUAAUCAGCCCGCCUCCCUUUUGGACUUUUUGUUGGAAUACAUGACGAACAACCCACCUCAGCACCCGACUCCCGUUAUCCUCAACUCAAUCGACUCGCCAUAUCUCCGCAAAACUCCAACGCCCUCGAUGCUGGCACGACUUGCUGCGCAUCCCGCCAUCAACCUCAUCUGCACCGCGGACACGCCAAACUUUCCACUGCUGUGGGAUGUCGGCCUAAAAACGCAGUACAAGUUCCUAUUCCACGACGCCACAACCUUUGCUUCCUACGACGCUGAGAUCGACGCAGUCGAGACCGUCAAUGAGCUCCUCGGCCGCAGUGGCCGGCGCGUGGGUGGCAGAGACGGUGUAGGCUUCGUGCUGCGCUCGCUUCCCGAGAACGCACGAUCUCUGUUCCGCAUCCUAGUCAUGGAGCAACUCGCACUCUCCAUGAUGGAAGGCGGUCCCGAUGAAGACGACCUACAAGCCACGCCCAAAGCCAAGAAUCCCAAAAUCGUGGUUCCGGAGUCUAGUCAGGGCGUCGAGUAUCGCGUCUUGUAUCACAAGGCUGUUGGCGAGUUUGUGUGCUCGAGUGAAGUUGGUUUUAGGACGCUGCUGAAGGAGUUUCACGAUCAUCAGAUGAUUGAGAGUCGUAAAGAUGGGAUGGGCACGGAGAGGUUGUGGGUGCCAUUUAGACAGGAAGAGCUGGAGGGACUGGCGGAAGAUUUGGCGUCGGAAAGUAUUUGA